UCAGGCGAUAUUACUGGCUCGUUAUCCAUGUAUUCCGAAUUCGUAUCUAUGGUGGCUGUUGUAUGCUGGGGAAUUUUAUCCGAUCACUUUGAAAAACGAACGAUCAACUCGGCUUCGAUCGUCAUUAUGGGAGUCAUCGUAAUUGCCUACCCAUACGCACCCAACGUUUAUCCAACUCUUUUGCUCUUAAAAUUUAUCUACUCCAUUGGAACAGCAGGCACGACGUGCAUGAUGGCAGCAUUUAUGCUCGAUAUUGUACAUGGAGAACGUAGCGGAAUGGUGUCUGGGUUGAUCGGAACGUGCUCGGGUUUAGGCGCUAUCUUCGCCGCAUUUGUACUUUUUACGGUGCCGACACGAAUGUCCCAUCUGGUCGGUUCUCCCAAUGAUCCUCGACUUAUUAUCUAUGGCUACGCCGUUAUUGGAGCCGUCACCAUUGCCCUUGGAUUUAUCUUUUGGUUCAUUACACCCAAAAACGCCCCUGCUACUCCAACUACAACACGAUGGAGCACAGCGUACAAUGACUUGCGACAUGGUGUUCUCGCAGCAAAAGACCCACGUAUUGCAAUUGGCUAUGCAUCCAGCUUUUUCGCACGCGCUGACGAGGUUAUUAUAUCCAAUUUUAUCUCCUUGUGGAUACAGCAGUACUAUAUCGACACUGGCAAGUGUCAAGUUGGGCUUUAUUGCCCUUACGCCUCAUCGACCACGCAUACCAUGACCGGUAUCGCUCAGUCAGUAGCCUUGGUCAUCGCCCCAUUUUUUGGUAUCGGUAGUCAGUAUUCGAAGGAGUGGUCUCUCAUUGUCGCUGGUUGUAUUGGUGUUGCUGGCUGUAUUCCGUUUGCAUUCUCGAUCGAUCCUACUGCCAAUACGAGUCUGGCUUUUAUUAUUUUGCUAGCAAUGGGCCAAUAUGGUAUGAUCACCGCGGGUAUGAGUAUGAUCUCUCGGAAAACCGUCAAACCAGAAUACCGUGGAGGCGUGGCAGGCAUCUACUCUUUAUGUGGCUGUAUCGGUAUCAUCAUCGUCUCUAAAGUUGGUGGCGUUCUCUUUGACGUAUGGAUGAAAGGUGCACCCUUUCUUUUGCUUGGUAUCGGUCAUGGCAUUGUUUCCUUAUUGGCUCUAGCUCACUUCCUCUAU